AUGUCAGGCGACAACUCCCUCCGGGUGGGUGGUGGUGGUGGUGACUUUGACGAGACGGAGCUGGAUUUAGGUCCUGGCCAUCGCCUCUCCUACAUCACUCGCCCAUUCGACUUUCCCGACGCGGGCCCAAGCGACCAACGGCAUUUCUUGACUUCAUCUUCUAAUCGGACCCCCAGCAGACGGACUUCGACUCCAUCACGUCAUGAGAGCCCGCCGUCAAGUGUACGACCCAGCACAAACUCUUCGCAGCACGGAGGGGCGUCUGGGACACCUGGAGCCGGUAUGGUUGUGCCAAGGGUGUCAGAGCCAGAUGGACUACGUCGUGAGUUGUAUCCCAUACACAUUUUCGCAAUCGCGAUUAGUGCCACCAUUGGGAUGGGGUUCUACGUCCGAGUCGGAAUAAUCGAGGGGCUAGGGGGUCAAGCUGCUGUCGUCUAUGCGUAUGGCUUCUUGGGUGCAUUGUGUCUGUUGAUCAUGACCUGCUUGACCAUUCUGCUGCGCAUCUGGCCUAUAGCCGGCGCACUAAUCGUAUUUGUGGAGCGCUUUGUCGACAAGGAAAUUGGACAGAGCGUCGGAGUUCUAUACUGGCUCACGUACUGUUUUUCUUUUGCUGGAUUGACUACAACGAUCGGUCAACUGGUCAGCGACCUUGACGUGCCCAACGGCGCAUCGGUCGUCAUCACUAUUUUCUCUCUCCUGUUGCCUAUCUUGUUCAACUUGACAGACAUUCAGAUAUUUCGGAAUAUUGAGCUCACUCUGGUAUCCGUCAAGCUCUCUAUAGUUGUUGCCAUUAUCAUAAUCAUGAGCGUCAUUAACCCGAAAGUUGGUGACCACAGCUCGACGCAGGCUUCUGAAGUACAAUCAAGAGAUGUGAUUUUUCAACAUCCGGAGGGCGAAAGCUGGUUCGGUGUCCUCAUGUCAUCAAUGUUUCUGGCGUCUUUUUCGUAUGUCGGGAUCGAAAUUGUGGCCGCGACAGCGCAAGAAGCCAAGAAUGGCAGGAAUGACCAAUCGAAUGUGAAUACAAGAGAAGAAGAAGGGACAGCGAAUAAUGCAACAUUCUAUCCGACGCAUGGAUCGACACAUCAAGGGGUUAACGGAAAUGGCUUGAUGCAAAGCAUCAGUUCACACUCUGCGAGCGAAGAAAAUGAAGCGUCUGGCCGGUUUGAUUACCCCCGCAAAAGUCCGUUCCAGGGCUUGGUACAGUAUGUCCCAAUCGUAUCUGCCGUGUUCUACCUUUGGAGCGCUUGGGUCGUUAUGCAAAAUGUCGCGUGGGACGACCCGAGUCAGCCCACGUUGGCCGGCGACAAGAAAGAGGACUGGAGUAGCUCUAUCUUCAUUAACAGUGCGAAGAUGAGUCAUGUGCAAGGCCUGGACACGGCCUUGUCAAUUGUUCUUAUCAUCAACAUUGCGUCCACCUCGAGCACUGCCCUCUACGUGGCGUCACGAACUCUAUUCGGUCUCACAUUUACCAUCUCCAAGGAAAUGAACCCCGAUGCCCAGGGCUGGCGCAAGUGGUGGCUUUACCUGAUGAAGUUUCUGUCCAGAAAAAGCAAGUUUGACGUACCUUACGUGGCUGUCCUGGUGUCUGCGUGGGGUCUCAUCCUGCCCUUUCUCAAAUAUAUUCCAGGAAGCAAAUAUUCAACAGCCAUUGACGUUGUCAUUGAGAUGGGUUCUGUGUCCUGCAUCUUAGUGUGGGGUUGGGAGUCCUUUGCUGCGUAUCGGUUCUUCAAAUGUUGCCGACGACAUCGCAUUGCUCCCACGACCGAUAAAGAUGUCAUGGACAUUGGGGAUAAUGGAUGGUACUAUUUCCAUUUGACCAUUUCCUUGUUCGCUGCCAUCAUGUGCCCGAUCAUCGUCUUCGUUGGCGGAGCCUUUACCCUCCACUACAAUACCAACCCCACCCAAGGCGUCGCGACUUUUCUAAUUGUUGGGAUCUUUCUUGGACUCACUCUACUACUGAAAAUCGUUCGCUUUAUUCGCGAUGGCGAGGCCUGGUGGAGCAGCCUACGGGUGGCGGCGGAUGUUAAUCGCAUUUUUGCGGAUCUCACUGACCUGAAAACGAAGCACAUCGAUAAGGCUCAUAACCGAGCCAAUAGAUCGUGGUAUGAUUUGGGGGGAGUCAUUGACUCGAAGUGGGUGUCAAGGAAACUCAGAGGAAAUUAA